AUGGAGGCGGGCAUCUGCGUAAUGGGGUCUGAGAUUGACUUGGCCCCGUUCCUGGUCGAACACUGGAAGGUCCUCUCAGUAGGAGAGCCGGUAAAGGACGUGUUAAUUACCGGCUUCCAAGUCAGCAACUUCUCCGGCGCGAAUAUAGCCGUGGUCGGUGCCCAGAACGCUCGGGUGACGGGAAAUAGGCUCAUCAACGGCCAACUAUACGGGUUCCUCACGGCUGGCUCGACCAAUACCCGAGUCGUUGAUAGUACCGUGGUCUCAUCGAUGAAGCUGGGGUUCAUCGGUAUCUGCGUGGAUGAUAUGGCCGGUGUCCAGGCCUCAAACAACUACAUUUCGGAGUACAACGUCGCACUUUAUAUCCAGACCCCGGGCGCAAAUGUGCAAUAUAAUAAUAUUAGCGACAGUUGUAUCGGCGUCUUUGUUGAUCCUAGCGUUGAUAGCGUCAUGGUCUCACAUAACUAUAUUAGCGUAAUAAAUUCUAGCUGUUGA